GUGUAGUAUACCUCCAUGCUGCCUCCCUCUCCGGUGCCGCUAACCACAAUGGCCAGGCUCGUAUGAGGGAUCUGCCCCUGUCAGUACAGUGGGCUAGACGCGCCUCAGCAGCAGUAGCAGCAGCAGCAGAUUCACUGACACCGAGACGCAAGCGGAGGAAUAUGACACACAUCUGAGAGGGAAAAGGUCAAUGUGGCUACUAAAGCAGCUCUCUGGAGUAGUUGUCCGUCGUAGUGGAUUCCCGAGUCCCGUCUCUAUAGCAACCCAUUCCUCCUCCUGAGUACUGCUGCCAACUUACCCUCUCUGCCACACGACGAAUCUCUCCUCAUCCCCCUGGCCAAUCGCCAGCUCCGAACUGCGUUGGAAUGGACACUGAGUCGACCCACUCGGGCUACUCCUAUCACUCCAGCCGCUCUGGGAGAUCAAACCGACAUGGGGAUCGAAGCCGUGAGCGGCACAAGGCCAGCAGCAGUAAAGACAGCAGUCGCUCUGAGAGGUCCGUCGUCAUCAACCCCCCUGACACUCCCUCUCAGGACUCCCCUGUUCACAAUGGAGAGCCACUGCCAGGAGAACCCUCGCCAGUAGCAGAUCAUGGAGAUGAGGCCCAGGAUGAUAACUGGGGGGAAACCACUACCGCAGUGACAGGCACCUCAGAGCUGAGUAUUUCCCAGGAGGAAGUGGUUGGACUAGGGAAGGGAAUACAGGACCGGACCCAAGGCUUCCGCCGCUAUCUUCCCCUUGCUGUGGGUUCGUGUGUGGGGCUGCUGGUGCUAGCCACGCCCCUGGUCUUCCUGCUUCUUCCGGCUGUCAUGUGGCCCGACAGACUGCAGGCUUGUGGCGCAGCCUGUGAGGGCCUCUUCCUCUCGAUCGCCUUCAAGCUCCUCAUCCUCCUGGUGGCCAUUUGGGCCUUGUUUCUCCGACCGGGCCGCGCCAGCCUGCCCAGAGUGUGUGUGUUCCGUGCCUUCCUCACCACACUUACACUCUUGCUCACCAUGUCUUAUUGGCUCUUCUAUGGGGUCCGGAUCCUUGAUGCCCAGGAUGAGGACUACCAUGGUAUCGUCCAGUUUGCCGUGUCCCUUGUGGACUCCCAGCUGUUUGUCCACUACCUGGCCGUGGUGCUGCUGGAGCUUCGUCACUUCCAGCCCUGCUACAGCGUGUGUGUCAUGCGCUCCACUGACGGAGAGACACGUCACUACAACAUAGGACAGCUCAGCAUUCAGAGGGCUGCUCUGUCCAUUUUGGAGUAUUACUACAGAGAUUUUCCACUCCAUAACCCAGCACUUCUCUCUGCCUCAAAGCACCGGGCUGCCAAACACCUGGCCGGCUUAAAGGUCUACAAUGUGGACGCCCCAGGGACCACAGCAGGAGCGCAGCCUGGUAAUGGGAAUCAGACACGGACCAUGGUUACAGCUGCCGCCAAGCGCAAAGACAGCGCCCACAAUGAGCUGUACUACGAAGAGGCCGAUUACGAGAGAAGAGUCCGUAAACGUAGAGCCAGGCUGGUGGUGGCUGUGGAGGAGGCCUUCACACAUGUCCGGCGGAUGAAGAAAGAGGAUGAGCAUGCAACUCCAUCCGACAUUAUGGAUGUGCGUGAAGCAGCUCUGGCUAUAUUUCCCUCCAUGGCCCGUGCCCUGCAGAAGUACCUCCGCACCACCAGGAGGCAGCACUGCCACAGCAUGGAGAGCAUCCAGAAGCACCUCGCUUUCUGCCUCGUCAACAACAUGAGCCCUAAGGCUUUCCUUGAAGCCUACCUGGCCCCUGGUCCGACCCUGCAGUACGCCCCUGAGCGCUGGAUGGCUGACCAGUGGACUUUGGUCAGCGAGGCUUCUGUCACUGGCGGUAUAAAGGAGGGGACAGAGUUCCUACUGAGGUGUCUUGACUUUAGCUUAGCUGUGACCAUCAAGAGCAUCCCUUACAUCCGACUAACUGAGGAGUACAUCGACCCCAAGUCUCACAAGUUUAUACUGCUGCUCCAAUCAGAAACCUCAGUUUAACAGCGACACAGUGGACCAGUGCUGCUCCUCUGGACUUAGAGGACUGUUACAGUUAUCCUGCUGAAUUUUUCAAAAAUAACUUUUUGUACUGUUUUUUGUACUUAUGUUUAUGUAAUUUUCUCACAUAGAGUUAUCUUUGUGUCCUUGUCUUUGUCCCGGGCGACAUGAAAAACGAUAAAAGACAGAAAACGAGAGGGAAUAUGCUUUGAUUUCUCUGUCCUGACAUUUGCAGAACACAGUUCAGGUAUUCCUCUAUGCACUGCAGAUGACCCUCACAAGUUUUCUUCUUCCUUUAUUUGCAUGUGCCAGUGUGUGCCUGCGAGCGAGAGUUAAUGAUUUUAGGAGGAGUGUGUGAUUUAGGUGUGUGUGUGUGUAUGUGUGUGUUUUGAGUGUAGUGUACACCCGGGAUCUGUCUGCCUGUCUCUUCUUUCUCUUUAGAGUUACUAUAGCGACCAGGACAUUUAACAUAACCCGAACCUAUUUCACCAAAACUGCUCUUUUCCAGUCUUAGCAAUGAUUAUUUAACUGUCCUGUAUUACAGAUGUAUGUACAGUAUUUAUAUGUGAAUAUACUUUAUCCCUCCAGACUUUUUAUAUCAAAAUUGUGCAUUGCUUGAAUGUUUUUUUUAACCUUGUCAAAGAUUUUUUUUUUUUUUUACCUUGUCUGUUCGUGCUGUAUUUGUGGAGAUAACUGGACUGUUAAUAGGUGAAGACAUGUUUAUAAAUGUCAGACAAAUCACUGGAGUCUCUCGGACUGAAUGCCAACCACAGUACAGCUGAAUACAGAUGGUCUAACCAAUAGAGUAUGAAUAAACACAUGUGACUGCUCAUUAUGUUUGCUUUUGUACAGUUAGGUGUGUGCAGUGUACGCUGAUCUUUUUGUAUGGUAGCAGAGACAAAAUGUUUGGACGGCUAUGAGGUUCAUGUGGUAGACCUUUUUAUAUCUCAUAUUAAAACUGUUGCCUUUGUGCUGUUUAAUUGCAAAACAUAUGCCCCUGAUUUUCAUCUAAAUUCAUCAUGAAAGGGGUGUAUUAUUACAGCGCCUCUCUGCAUAAUGUAAAUCCUGUCAGCCAAGUGAAAUAUACUCAGCCAUGAGCAUAAGACAAUGCACAACCUAAAGGAAUAUUUAUUUCAGCAAUUUCAAAAGAUUUAGGACAUUCUCUCCAAAUCUCUCUCCAAACUGAAUAGUCACUUAUCUCAUGCUGGCAAGUGUUUAAACAAGUGUUGAAAAUUAAUAAUUUUGUGUAAAUUAGCUCAACCCAGUGUCAGUAUUUCUACUGUCAGUAUUUUGUCUCAGUGUCAUACUACUGCCACCUGUCUACAGCUACUGCAACAGGAACACUGUCCUGAGCAUCAAUCAAACUGUUAAUUUUAAUAAAUAUUUGAUCUGUAUUUUUAAAACCCUCUGUAUUUAUGAGGCCUGUUAUGUUGUAAAUUUAUAUUUACACAAGUGUUAACUGUGGUCACAGACAGUGUAGUUUUGUUUAGGCUUUUAGAAUGUUGAUGGUUGUAAAUAGUUCUUGACUACACAUGUGCCUCAGUUAUACAUAUUUAGGAUGUGCUCAGCAUUUGCAGUUUUCAAGCGUGUGUGUGUGUGUGUGUGUGUGUGUGUGUGUGUGUGUGUGUGUGUGUGUGUGUGUGUGAGAGAGAGAGAGAGAGUGAGAGAGAGAGUAAAAGAGAGCAUAGGGAGCAAAGGGAACAUAAUGAAGAAAAGAGAUUGCUUUCCCAAAUGUCAUGCAGCUAACUAGUCAUGUUGUCUAGUUGUCAGCUGUCUUCUUUUAUACAACCGAACAUGUAAAAUCACAACAGCUGUGUCAAAGUCACAUUUGUAAAAAAUAAAUCUUUGUAUUUCAAGGCA